GUGAAAAAGAUAUUGGAUAUUGGACAUUGUUUGUUUAAUCUGGUUUCGAGGAUACUUCGGGUAAAGGUCAAUCUCUCCGUGACACAGUUGAGAACCUGUUAUUUAGUUAAGAUGUCGAAAGUGAUACAUGUGGAUAGUGAUGAAGAAUUUGAUAAGAUAUUAAAUGCAAAUGCAUCGAAGUUGGUAGUUAUUGAUUUCUUCGCAACUUGGUGUGGCCCAUGUAAGAAAAUAGCUCCUGAAUUCGAAAAAAUCAGUAUGAAGUAUGAUGCAGUCUUCUUGAAAGUCGAUGUUGAUAUACUUUCGAAAGCGGCCGAAAAACACUCCGUCAAAGCUAUGCCAACCUUUAUUUGUAUAAAAGACGGUAAAAAAGUUGGUGAAGUUGUUGGAGCAUCUAUUGAUAAAGUUGAGGAAAUGAUUAAAGCUAAUCAAUAAUUUUUGUUCUCGCUUCUAUUUAUAUAUAUAAACAUAUAUUUGAAUUUACAUACGGAUAUAUGUCUAAAUGUUCUUUUUUGAAAUAAUACACUAUCGAACAU